UCUUAGCAUGGUGUCAGCUCUCUGUAGUAAUGAGAGUGGAGAGAAGGCUGUAGUAUUAGGCACACCCUGCACCUCCCCUCACAGCUCCUCCAGCUGCUGGACUGUAAAGCUGCUCAGAAGGGAACUCUGCACAGGAACGCCAUCCACAUACUACAAUACAGCUAGGGAAGCCACAUAACCAAGUCACACAGGGACAAUAACACACCUCACAGCACACACUCACACAACUACCAAUAUACCCUGCAUACUAUAGCUUUAAUACUAGUAAUACACUGGAGAUAAAACUGCUUCGUGUCAUUUAGGAGACGACUCAGCCUGCGCUUCGAAGAAAUGGAUUGAUUUAUACCAACGUGGGACAUGUCAUCUGUCAGGAUGUUGCUACAUGGCUUUCUGCAUGCAUUUACUGGGAAAAGCAAAUAUCCUCUUGUGAAAUGUAAACCUAUUCAGCUAAUAUGGAUAUUAUUGUACAUUUUGACAACCCAAGGAAUAGCUCAGGCAGCACAUUUUGGAGAAUUCAAAGCAGUCUUCGACAAACCAUGUACAAAAGUCAUGACUCUGAGCUCCCCUGUCCUCAACGUAACACAGUUCACACUGUGCACCUAUAUAAAACUAGACUCUUCCGAUCCCUGGACUGCUUUCACCUAUAAGCUGCAAUCCUCUCCAAGCAAUGUAUAUGAAAUUGGUUUACUCGGUGACAGCAGCAGUAUAAAAAUUUGGAUGUUUGGAACUCCAAUCAAUGUCUAUAAAAGGCUAAACUUGCUUACAUGGUAUGAAAUGUGUAUUACCUGGAGCGCCCAAACUCAAAACAUGGAUUUCUAUAUUGACGGUACUCUUGAAGAAAAACGCACACUGGAAAACUACACCGAGCUACAAGGAGGUGGCAAUGUGGUUCUUGGCUGUUCAAACCUCGAUGAAACAAAUUCUACGAUAUCAGUAGGAUUGGUAGGGGAACUGUACAUGUUUAGGAUGUGGGGAAAAAAUGACAUUGGUUAUUUUCAAAAGUGCAUUGAUGGGGAUGUUAUAAAAUGGGACAUUGGAUAUUGGAUCUACAUUCCAGAUGUGGUACAGCAAGAUCUAACUCUCCAUUGCGCUAAACAGCCACUAGAAAACCCAGCAAACAGUCAGAUCAGCAAAAACAUUCACUUGUUGCACAAAAGAACAGCUACAAACGGAUCAAGUUCUUCUAUGAAUCGGGAUAAUGUCCAACCUCCCUACACCUCUACCACAGCACCUGUUAUAAACAAUACAUCCAUUGGGAAUACAUCACCGACAUCAUCAAUAGCAACAAAUGGUUUUACAGUAAGUGAUGUAAGCUCCAGAACUGCCAACGAUACUCCUGUCACAACAGACUUAAACAAUACAGCUAGUGGUCUUACAGUAAGUGAUGCAAGCUCCAGGACUCCUGCCGAUACACAUGGCACAGCAGAAGUUAAAAACACAACUAGCGGUCCUACAGUAAGUGAAGUAAGCCCCGGAACUCCUGGCGAAACGUAUAGCACAACAGACUUUAAUAAAACAACUAGUGUAAGUGGUGUGUUCAAUAGCUCCAUGACUACUGUUAAUACAUACGACACAACCGGCUCUACAAGCACAUAUAGCGUAAAUAUGACUUGUGUACAAAACUACAGCGAAGUUCACAAUUUGUACAGUAAUAUCUGCAAUUCAGAUUAUCCAUGUAGAGGCAGAGUUUAUGAAAUUGUUCUUCAAGGCAACUGUACAGAUGAAAAAAAUGGGAAAAAGUUGUUUACGGAUAAUAAAAUAAACUAUACUAUGGUACCCUUCCCAGGUGGAUGCAGUAUCUUAAUCAUUGACAAUACUACCAUUUGUAAUGUGGUGUUAGACAAAAACCUCAACCUAUCCAUAAUAGCAAAGAAUAUUUAUGAUUACUGCUGCUGUGAUGAGAGAUGCAGACAGUCACCUGAAUGCUUUAAAAAUAUAACAUUUACCUGUGAAGGAGAUAGCACUGGGAUCACCAAAGGACCUCAAACUACAGGCUACAGUAACACUGUUGUUUCCAUUACCAGUGGUUCUAGUACAACCACUAAUAAUAUUACACGUACAACCUUUAACAGUCAACCUUCUACAACUAAUAAAAAUGUAACCAACACCGCAAUAUGGCAAACUGAAUCUGUUUCAAUGACCUCUACUGAUUUUAAUAGAACGAUUAACAGUGGAACUACCGUAAUCAUUAACAGCAGCACUAAAACAACUGUCAACAAUGGAUCUACUACAACAGUUAACAGAAAAUCGAGCACAAAAGUUAUCAGUAUGCCUACAACAUCUCUCAGUAAUGAGUCAAGUACUUAUCCCAAAAGGACUGGCAUCCCUGAGCUUCAUACAAAUUCACCUGAAUUCAGCAUUUCAUCCACCACUACAAACCAAUCAGCAGAUUUAGGCAAGGAUUUGGCACACAUGGAAGACUUAUUAGAAGGAGAAGUAAGUCCUGCGGCUGCAAAAGAGAUGCUUGGAAUUUUGGACAACAUUUUAAGCAAACCUCAGAAUUUUUCUGCAAGUGAAUCCAUGAGGUUAAUUAAAAUUGUGGAUAAAAUUGGCUUAAAGCUGACCUUCCCUGAGCAAUCAAUAAAUCUGACCUCUCAAUACUUGGCUCUAGCAGUAAAUAAAGUCAAUGCCAGCAAUUUUCCUGAAACAUCAUUUGGUGUUGAGUCUUCUUCUGGUUUACAGGUUUCUCAGAUGGCAGAAAAUAGUACUGGAUCUGUCCUUCUCCCUGCCGCUUUACUAAAUGACUUGUCGGCUACUGAUAAAGAUAUUGCUUCUAGAGUACAGUUUAACUACUUUGCAAAGACUUCAUUUUUUGUGGACUCAUCCCUCACUGAAACUCAGUACUUGAUUAGUAAUGUGAUAUCAGCAAGUGUUGCAAAUCUCUCAAUUACUAAUUUAAAGCAGAAUGUUACUGUGACGCUGGAGACUUCAACCCGUAAUGAUUCAGGUGUACUAAAGUGUGUGUUCUGGGACUUUGCCAAAAACAGUGGAAAUGGUGGCUGGUCAUCAGAGGGAUGUACAGUGAACAGUACAACACAGAAUAAUCAAAGCCAGACAGUUUGUAAAUGCAACCAUCUAACCAGCUUUGGUAUUCUAUUGGAUAUGACUCCUAAUAACCCUCUAAGCCCAGAGGACAAAUUGAUUCUGACUUUCAUCACAUAUAUUGGCUGUGGUCUUUCUGCCAUAUUUCUUUCUGUGACUCUUGUAACUUAUAUUGCUUUUGAGAAAAUACGCAGAGAUUACCCAUCUAAAAUCCUAAUUCAGCUGUGUGCUGCCCUUAUUGGCUUGAAUCUGACAUUCUUGAUGGAUCCCUGGAUUGCACUGUACAGUGAGGUUCCAGGCCUCUGUAUCUCUGUAGCUGCAUUUCUGCAUUACUUUCUCCUGGUUUCUAUCACUUGGAUGGGUCUUGAAGCUUUCCACAUGUAUCUGUCUCUAGUAAAAGUCUUCAACACCUAUAUACGGAAAUACAUGUUGAAGUUCUGCAUCAUUGGUUGGGGUGCUCCUGCUGUGGUGGUGGCAAUUAUCCUUGCCGUUAACAAAGAUUUGUAUGAGCUUCAAAUAAGUAAUCCAUAUCCAAAUGGGGCAGCAGAUUAUUUCUGCUGGAUGAAAAGCAUUGUAUACUGGAUCACAGUGGUUGGAUACUUUUGCGUAAUAUUCCUGCUGAAUGUCAGCAUGUUUGUGGUGGUGCUUAUACAACUCUGCCGCAUUAAAAAACAGAAGCAGCUAGGCUACCAGAGAAAAACCAUGCUUCAAGAUAUUCGCAGUGUGGCCGGCAUUACCUGCCUUCUUGGUAUUACAUGGGGUCUUGGCUUCUUUUCCUUUGGACCAGGGAAAACUGUCAUCCAGUACUUGUUCGCCAUCUUCAACUCACUGCAAGGUUUCUUUAUAUUUUUCUUCUACUGUGUGGCAAAGGAAAAUGUCCGAAAACAAUGGCGACGAUAUCUUUGCUGUGGAAAGCUCAGACUGGCUGAAAACUCUGACUGGAGUAAAACAGCAACAAACAAACUAAAGAAACAAACUUCCAAGCAGGGAGUGUCCAGUAGUUCCAGCAACUCCAUUCAGUCAACAAGUAACUCAAACUCAACGACUUUGCUAGUAUCCAAUGAAUACUCAAUGCACCCCAAUGGCAAUGGGAAUGUUUUCAAAGAACGAAAUGGAGUUACCUUCAUGCAUCAGAAUGGAGAAGUCCAACUGCAGGAGUUUCCAGGAAGACCAGCCACCAGGAAUGGAGAUGACCAGAGAAAUUCUAUGAGAAGGACUAACCGUGGCAGCGUGCAUUUUGUUGAUCAAAUCUAGAUUUACUUAACUCCUAUGACUUGAAAUUGUAUUUCUCCAUGUGUGAGAAACAUUGGCUGUCCUAUUUCUACAUUCAUUGAACGUAGCUGCCUUGGACUAUCAAGAACAGCUGAAAUUCACUCUUUUUGGACAGGACAGUCGCUCCUAUUUUUUUUUUAAGUGUCCUUGGAGUUAGCCAAGGUGGACAGAAGACAUGGACAUAAUAAUUUGUGUCUGUGUUGCUUUUCUGAUGCAUUGCUCAACCCAUAAUAUUCUCCUUUACUGUUUAUAUAUAUAUAUAUAUAUAUAUUUAAUUUAUAUAUUUGUCAGUUUUAUUAUAGAUGUACAGUUUCAUGUUGAAAACUAGAUCUGUCAGAUGUAUGAAAUAGCCAAAAGUUUCUAAUUCAACUGCAGAUUUCUUAAAAACUCAGUUACUCUGGAAACAGGUGCAUGUUCUCCCUUGGCGGUCAUUUACAUGUUGCAAUUGACAUAGCAUGGUGUAUUCUUCUUGUGUUGUAAUUAUAACAGCUGCUUUAAAUCUGCCCGUCAUUUUAAAAAGAAAAUCAAAAUAUGCAGAGGAAACCUGAUUCAUCAUGAAAAUGAUUAUCUAGGGGGAAUGUACACUUGCUUUCUAAAGUGACUACUUACCUGAAAACAAGAGACAAUUAAUCUGGGUAGCAAUAUCCUUUGAAGCAGGCCUUCUACAAAAAAAGUCGAUGACAGCAUUGCACACCCUGGGAAAAAAAUAUAUA